AUGGCUAUUCCUUCCAGUUAUUUGUCCUCUAUCCCAAUUCUCACUGGAGAUAACUAUCAGAAAUGGGUGGAAGAUUUGAAACUGCAUUUGGGUCUCCUAGACUUAGACUUGGCACUCAGGGAGCCUAAACCUAGCCCUCUCACUAAUAAUAAUACCACUGAGGAAAAAACCAAAUUUGAGAAAUGGGAUAAUGCAAACAGAAAGUGCAUUUUAGUUGUGAAAAAGGCAGUUCCUGAGACUAUACGUGGGAAUGUCGAAGUCAAAGACACUGUUGUAGAGUUCCUGAAUGCUAUAAAGGUUAAGUUUGAACUUAACACAAAUGCUGAAUCAAGUGACUUGAUGAGUAAACUGAUGAAUCCUCAUUAUGAUGGAGGCAAUGUUAGGGAAUACGUCUUGGGCUUAGCUACUAUUGCUGCCAAGCUGGGGGAUCUUGACAUCAAAAUAAGUGAUGAUCCUGUUGUGCAUAUUGCACUGCAUACCCUUCCUGGUCCAUACAAGGUUCUCCAAUCUACUUAUACUGCACUGAGGGACAAGUGGAGUUUGGAUGAGCUUAUCUCCAUUUGCACCCAAGAGGAGAGAAAGCUAAAACAGAACAAAGUUGAGAGUGCAAAUGCAACUUUUCAUAGGGGAUCUAGUGGUGGACCAAUUAGGAGGGACAAGAAGUUUACCAAGAAAGGGAGGUUCAAUCCUUAUGGCAAGACAAGGGGCACUCAACAGUCCAAGGCAUCUUAG